GAAAAAGCUUAGGAAAAGAACAAAUAUACUUCUUUCACGCAAAACAUACAAACAAAUCAAGAAAAAAAAACAAUCAAACUAGAAAAAGAAAAUAAACUAAAUAAAGAACAGGAAGAGACUUUGAGCCUUUCACCCUCUCACCCCACACUCUUCACCCUUCACCCUAGGCAGGCAGGCAAGGCAAGUUAUCUCUUCCGCUGCCCGUACAAGCCCCUCUCCGCCCUCGCCCCGCCCAGCAGACCAUGACGCCCCUGCAGCAGGCCACGAUGCAGGCCACUCUGGUGCUGCUGCCACUCUUGUUAUGCCUCACAGCUGCACAGACGCCGCCAGAGGGCGAGGUGACCGAGGCGCCGUCCCCAGCAGUGUCCGUGGGGCCUUACUUCCUCUCCCCGGGCAGCAGGAACAUCACAGCCUCGGUGGGACAGACUGCCUACCUGCCCUGCCGCGUGGCCCAGCUCGACGACCACGUGCAACAAGUCUCCUGGAUCCGUAAGAGAGACCUUCACGUGAUGAGCUCCGGCGUGGUGGUGUUCGCUUCAGACCAGCGCUUCCAGGUGGUUCAUCCCGAGAAGUCAGAGAACUGGACGCUGCAGAUCAGGUUCGCGCAGGUGCGGGACUCUGGGGUGUACGAGUGCCAGGUGAACACGGAGCCCAAGAUGUCCCUCGCCUAUCACCUCGCUGUCGUGGAGUCGCGGGCCAGUCUGCUGGGGCCGGAGUACGUGCGUGCCGGCAGCACACUCAACCUCACCUGUAUCGUCACGCCGCCCGGCGCGCCAGGUCUGGUGUACUGGUACCACAACGGCGUCAUGCUGGACUACGAGGGCUCGGUGGCUAUCCUGACCCAGGAGGGUCCCGAGGGAACCCGCUCCUCCCUCACCAUCGCCCGGGCCGCCCCCGACCACUCCGGCAAUUACACCUGCUGACCCACGGCGGCGGGCCCCGCCUCGCUCUCCCUCACCGUGCUGCAAGGAGAGCACCCUGCGGCCAUGCAGACGGGCGGGGCGCGCGGGCGAGGUCCUACAGUGUGGCCCACGCUGCUGCCGCCGCUGGUGGUGGCGGUGAGCGGCGCGGCGCAGAUGAUGGGCUGGAGAGGACACCCACCACUGACC